AUGGAGGACCAGACGCCUGCCGAGCCGAUGCUCCACAGCAGCAACACCGGCACCACCAGUAGCAGCUUCCACCUCAACGGCUUCGGCGUGGACGCGGCCGCGGGCGAGUCCAAGCGCUGGCUGCAGAGCCUCGAGAAGUGCAUCCGCGCCAUCGUGAGCAUCCGCCUGCUGAGCGUGCGCGCCUUCGACGGCAACGGCGCCAGCUUCAGCGUGGCCACGGGCUUCGUGGUGGACAUGGAGCGCGGCAUCAUCCUCACGAACCGCCACGUGGUGACGCCCGGGCCCGUGGUGGCCGACGCCAUCUUCCUCAACAAGGAGGAGGUGGACCUCGUGCCCAUCUACAGAGACCCAGUGCACGACUUCGGCUUCUUCCGCUUUGACCCCAAGAAGGUCAAGUUCCUGCAGCUGCACGAGAUCCCGCUGCGGCCCGAGGCAGCCAAGAUUGGCGCGGAAAUCCGCGUGGUGGGCAACGAUGCCGGAGAGAAGCUGUCGAUCUUGCCUGGAAUUCUGGCCAAGCUGGACCGCGACGCGCCGUCCUACGGCUCGGGCUCGUACAAUGACUUCAACACGUUCUACUUCGCGGCAGCCAGCAGCACCAGCGGAGGCUCGAGUGGUUCGCCGGUGCUGAACAUUGAUGGAUGCGCUAUCGCGCUUAAUGCGGGUGGAGCGAAGAAGGCAGCUUCGUCGUUCUACCUGCCGCUGGAUCGCGUCGUGCGCGUGCUCGGACUCAUCCAGCAGGGCCAGCCGGUCCCGCGUGGAACUAUUCAGACCAUCUUCCGCCACACAGCGUUUGAUGAGGUGCGGCGACUUGGCCUUUCCGGGGACACAGAGGCGCUGGUGCGCCAGCAGUACCCUCAGGAGACAGGCAUGCUGGUCGUGGACCAGGUUAUUCAGGGAGGACCAGCACACGACAAGCUGCGGACGGGCGAUGUGCUCAUCCAAUUCGCUGGCCAGUACGGAGCAACAUUCCUAAAGAUCGAGGACUUCCUGGACUCGCAUGUUGGGCAGACCGUCGAAGCUCAGUUUCAGCGCGGCGACGAGCAGUAUACGACUACUCUGAGCAUCCAGGAUCUGCACUCGAUCACGCCUGACCGAUACCUGGAAAUCGGAGGAGGCAUUGUGCACGCGCUCUCCUACCAGCAAGCUCGCAACGCGUCCCUACCUGUUGGAGGCGUCUAUCUGGCCCAAGCUGGCCACAUGUUCAUGAAGGCUCACCUGGCCCAGCCCUGCAUCAUCACAUCUGUGGCUGGACAACCCACACCUACCUUGGAUGAUUUUGCGCGCGUUAUGGCUUCACUCCCGAACGGCUUGCGCACAGUGUUGCGCUACUUCAUGAUUCGCGACCGCCACCGCGUUCGCACGGCCUUCAUCAUGAUGGAUCGGCUUUGGUUCCCGAUGCAAAUGUGCACGCGCAACGAUGAAGACGGGCUGUGGUACUCCAAGUCGUAUAUCCAGGAUGCGACGAGCGGAGACAACUCAUCUCUUGUCAACACUGCGAACUCAAACCCGACGUUUGCUCCAGCACCACUGAGUUUUCCUGGAGGUAACGCGCUGGGCAAGAAGACGCUACUAUCGUUGGUGAUGGUUUCUUUCGAUAUCCCGUACAUGAUUGAUGGUAUCUCGAGCUCCAGUUACCACGGAAUGGGCGUUGUGAUCGAUGCCGAACAGGGGUUCGUACUUGUGGACCAGAACACGGUUCCCAUUGCGUUGGGAGACGUGCUGAUAACGAUUGCUGCCACCGUUGAAGUCCCCGCUAAAGUGGUGUUUGUGCACCCCGUUCACAACUUCUCGAUCGUCCAGUACGACCCGAAGGCCUUGGGUGUUGUGGCAGAGCACAUCAAGAGUGUUGUGCUAGCGGACAAGCUACUCGAAGUCGGUGAGACUGCUGACUACAUUGGAUUGAGCAGUAACUGGACCGUGGUUACGAUGAAAUCUGUGGUUACGAAGCUAGAUCGCCUUGUGCUUCGCGAUUUCCAGCCACCUCGCUACAAAGCGUGCAACAUCGAGGUGCUGCACUUUGACCGAAUUACGAAGUCUGUGGGCGGCGUCUUUAUUGACGACGCAGGUGCUGUGAACGCGCUUUGGCUUUCCUUCAGCUACCAAGACAAUGCCGGUCGUAAGGAAGUAUUCCGUGGACUUCCUAUUAGCAUUGUUCGCCCCAUCGUCGACGAGCUCCGAGCGUCGCGUAUCCCUAACUCAGUGAACAUUCUCCCGGCGCAACUGUUGACAUACUCGCUCUCGAAGGCUCGUUCAGGUCUUGGACUCUCCGACGAGUGGAUUCAGAAGCUGGGAUCUUGCUACGAGGACAAGCGGCAAGUGCUUGGAAUCAAGCGGUGCGCUGCUGGCACAGAUUGUGCCGGAAAACUUGAAAGCGGCGACUUGCUUCUAGCCAUCGAUGGCCAGGUCGUGGUGCGUGACGCAGACGUGGAGAAUGCCGUCGACGGUAAGACGGAACUAAAGGCGCUGGUGGUACGGGACCAGAAGGAAGUGGAGGUGACUGUCAGCACGUCCCAGCUCUCGGCUAUGGGCACUGAUCGCGUGAUUGUCUGGUGUGGUCUCGUUAUCCAAAGCCCGCACUAUGCGGUUGCAAGCUUGGGUUACAUCCCGGAGGAGGGCGGCGGUGUGUACUGUUCGCGCUGGUGCUAUGGCUCUCCAGCGCACAAGUACGGCUUGCGCGCGACGAUUUGGCUCGUGGAAGUGAACGGUGAGCCAACGCGCACGUUGGACGACUUCUUGCGGGUUGUGGAACGCCUGGGCAAUCGUGAAUCGGUGCGGCUCAAGACCAUUUCCAUCAACACGAAGCCCAAGGUGUUUACUCUCAAGACGGACUACCACUACUGGCCUACGGUCGAGCUCCGCAGAGAGGAAUGGGACUGGAAAUACGUCGAGCACCCCGUGGUUGCUUAG